AUGAACGGUGUUCAAUCGGUAGAAACCCUCAACGUGCACUGUCAUCCGGAGAAAUGUAAUCAUGAGCUGCACCAGUUGAUCAAACAAUUGCUCAAAUUAGAGGAGCCUAAAGCGGAAGCUUUAAUAUCGGAGAGUGACAAAAAAGCUUUGUCCAUUUUAGAAAAAACCACUCGACGUGUCAACGGAAGCUUCCCUAUGGCCGAACGUAGAAUGCAGGCACUAGAACGUCGUUUAGCUAGAGAUCCCUUUCUAGAUCUUAAAGUACGAGAGCAGAUAAACCAAUAUCUAGAGAAAGGUUACGCUCAUCGAGCCUCGGUAGAAGAACUGCAGGGAGCAGAUCCUGAAAAAACCUGGUACCUUCCACUAGGGGUAGUCCAGAACCCGAAAAAACCCCAGAAAGUUCGUUUAAUAUGGGAUGCUGCAGCGCGAGUUCAGGGCGUGUCUUUCAAUGAUGCUUUGCUCACAGGUCCUGACCUCUUAACCUCUCUACCGGAUGUUCUUACCAGAUUUAGACAGAGAAGUAUCGCCAUCACAGGUGACAUCAAGGAGAUGUUUCACCAAAUCAGGAUACGCGAUUCCGAUAAACAAUAUCAACGUUUCCUAUUUCGUGAAGACCAGCAACAACCACCACAAGUCUACGUAAUGGACGUUGCCACGUUUGGGGCAACAUGCUCUCCAUGCAUAGCUCAAUAUGUGAAGAACCGGAAUGCUAUGGAAUACGCUAGUGAGUUUCCUCUUGCCGCGGAAGAUAUAAUAAAAGACCACUACAUGGAUGACUACCUAAAAAGCGUGGAUACCGCUGAUGAAGCUGUGGAAUUAGUCAACCAAGUGAGACUAGUCCAUUCAAAAGGAGGAUUCGAAAUUCGAAACUUCGCUUCAAAUUCAAACGAGGUUCUUGACCAAUUGGGCGAGGUCAGAGACAUGCAACGGAAAGCGCUCUAUCUCGAAACAGGACUGAACACUGUAGAAAAACCCGAACGAGUGUUAGGUAUGAUAUGGAAUCCCCAGGAGGAUGUGUUCACCUUUGAUGCUUUACAAAUAGAAGCACUACGACAAAUGGACAUCACGGAACCUCCAACUAAACGGCAAGUGUUGAAAAUCAUCAUGUCAGUGUUUGAUCCAUUGGGUUUAAUCGCCCAUUUCGUUAUCCACGGCAAAAUCCUGAUGCAAGAGAUCUGGAAAUACGGCUGCGAUUGGGAUGAAUGCAUACCAGCAGAGCUACAGGAAACCUGGCUCCAAUGGAGUGAAAAGUUGAAGCAACUGAAUCAAGUGAAUGUUCCUCGAUGUCUUUUCAAAUAUUCGAAUCCAGCAUCCUUAAAUACCUUACAACUCCACACCUUUGUAGAUGCGAGUGAAGCAGCGUAUUCCGGCGUUGUGUAUGCGCGUAUAAUUGAUGAAGGAGUUCCGAAAUGCGCAAUCAUAGCAGCGAAAACAAAAGUGGCUCCAUUGAAACCACUUUCUAUACCACGUCUCGAGCUACAGGCGGCCGUAGAAGGUAGUCGUCUUAUUCAAAGGAUUACGAACGCUCUCACACUUCCAGUAACCCGAAGAUAUAUUUGGUCUGAUUCGACUACAGUGUUGUCAUGGCUACGAUCGGACAGUCGGCGAUACCACCAGUUUGUGUCGUGUAGAGUGGGAGAGAUUCUUCGUACAACUUCAAUCAAUGAAUGGAGAUAUGUGCCGACGAAAUUGAAUGUUGCAGAUGAAGCCACCAAAUGGAAAACGGAACCUAGUUUCGAUCCUCAAAGUCGAUGGUUCACUGGGCCCGACUUUUUAAGAAACCCUGAAAACGAAUGGCCUACAAAAUUUCAACCAACGAGCAGCCCUGCAGAGGAAAUGCGAACGAUAUUUGUUCACCAUAUUCACGUUUUUCAACCACCGAUUGAUUAUUCUCGGUAUUCACAGUUUAACCGAUUGUUGAGAGCUGUCGCCUAUUUUCUCAGAUUGGUUUCCUGGUUCAAAGGAAACGCUAAGGCUCUUGAAGCAAGAGCCAUCGAAGCCGAAGAAAUCGAAGGUGCUGAAAACUUCCUAUGGCGACAAGUCCAAAUGGAAGCUUAUCCCGAAGAAUUUGAAAUUUUACUACAACAAUCGGAAGAUUCCGUAGAAGAAAAGGUAACUAUAAAUAAAAGAAGUUCGUUAUACCAGAUGACACCAUUUAUGGACGAAAACCGUGUAAUGCGCAUGAACAGUCGGAUUGUAGCAGCUCCGUCAACAGCCUACGAAACCAAAUAUCCAGUGUUUUUACCUAAAGAACAUCGUGUAACUUAUCUCCUAGUGCAUUCCUACCAUCGUCGUUUUUUACAUGGGAAUAAUGAAACGGUUGUAAAUGAGUUACGACAACGGUUCCAGAUCCCUCAUUUGCGAGCAUUGGUUAGACGCGUCGGUAAAGAAUGUCAGAUGUGUAGAAUAAAAAAAGCUGUCCCUAAACCUCCAAUUAUGGCACCCUUGCCAGCAGUUCGCCUCACGCCAUUCAUUAAACCCUUUACGCAUACUGGCAUAGAUUAUUUCGGUCCGCAGAUGGUUAAACAAGGACGUAGUUUAGUCAAGCGUUGGGUGGCACUUUUCACGUGCCUUACAAUCAGAGCAGUGCAUCUGGAAACUGUGACCGGCCUUUCCACCCAAUCAUGCGUAAUGGCAAUCCGCAGAUUCAUCGCUCGGAGGGGCGCUCCAACUACCAUUUACACUGAUAAUGGUACUAACUUUCUGGGAGCAAAUAAUCUUCUAAAAGAUCAGAUAAGAAAUGCGCACGAAGGUUGUGCCAGCGUAUUUACUAAUGCACAAACACGAUGGUACUUCAACCCUCCUGCCACCCCUCACAUGGGAGGACCGUGGGAACGACUGGUAAGGUCAGUGAAGACAGCCAUGGAUGCUAUAGCCGAUCAUCCACAACAUCCUAGCGACGAAGUUUUUGAAACAGUGGUACUAGAAGCAGAAUCAAUCGUGAACUCCAGGCCUCUGACCUAUGUACCUCUAGAUGCGGCUGAAUCGGAAGCCCUGACUCCAAACCACUUCUUGCUGUAUGGCAAUAUCGGCAUAAACCAACCUCAAAAACCAUUGAUGGUUGCAGAUAGGGUUUUGCGAGACAGCUGGAACCUAACACAAACUCUAGUGAACAAAUUUUGGAUAAGGUGGGUUAAAGAGUACCUGCCAAUGUUGACCAGGCGAACAAAGUGGUUUUCACCAACCAAACCUUUGAAAGCAGGUGAUUUGGUAAUAAUAGUCGAUGAGCGGAAAAGGAAUGGUUGGGUCCGAGCACGCGUGGUUAGUGUUAUCACGACUCCAGAUGGUCAAGUACGUCGAGCUGUGGUUCGUUCAGCUAGCGGAGAGAGUACCAAAUCCGUAACAAAUUUAGCCCUACUGGACGUAGCAGCACCUCCGAUCAGGGUGCCAGGAUGUAAGCAGGAUCCUCCGGAACUACACGGGUGGGGGAAUGAUGGAAAUACCCCUGGGUUAGACGACGUGAGUGGUGUGAGUCCCAGUAGCUCCCUGAAAUGA